AUGGGCGGAGGACCAAUGCCCGACACCGUAGACCUCCUCAUACUCGGCGCCGGCUGGACCUCCACCUUUCUAAUCCCCCUCCUCACGCGAUCCAAAAUCAGCCAUGCCGCAACCACGACAACCGGCCGCGACAACACCAUCCCCUUCAAGUUCGACCCCACCAGCAACAGCCUAGACCAAUACAAGACCCUCCCGUCCGCAAAAACGGUCCUCAUCACAUUCCCCCUCACCGGCACGGGCCAAUCCGACCUGCUCACGCGCUCCUACCGCCAAAUCCACGGCGGGAGCAACAACUGGAUCCAGCUCGGCUCCACCGGGAUAUACAAGAAUGACAGCGACUGGUCCGACGAAACCAGUCCCUACGACACCAGCAACGCCCGCGCAAUCGCCGAAGACGAGCUCCUCACCCACGCCUCCGGCUGCGUGCUCAAUCUCGCGGGCCUCUACGGCGGCUCCCGCGACCCCAAGAACUGGAUCACGCGCGUCGCGAAGACGAAAGCCGAAGUCAAGGCCAAGGGCGCGCUACAUCUUAUCCAUGGCGAGGAUGUUGCGAGGGCUAUCCUAGGUGUGCAUAGGCACUUCACGCCAGGAAGGAGGUGGAUCAUCACGGAUUUGCAUGUGUAUGAUUGGUGGGACUUGAUUGAGUCGUGGGGCGCGGAGGCGAGGGAGAGGGCGAGGAGCACGAUGGGGGAGGAGGAGGCGGAGAAGCUGGAGUUCGUGAAGUGGGUCGGGGAAUUGAUGGUUGAGGAAGGGGUUAGGGCGUUGCCCAGGGAUGUGGAGACGCUGGGACGGAGGUUGGAUUCAAGGGAGUUUUGGAGGACGGUGGGGGUAUGGCCUAGUCAGGGGCGGGUCAGGUAG